CAGCUACUACUCGAUCCCCAACGUGGUAUAAGACGAGCACUGCACCGUCGUCAUCUAUAGUCGACCCAACACAGCGACACCACCAGCGCCCACCUCCAUCGCCGCCGCUCCCCUCGCCUCCCGCGGUUUACGCUCGCGCGCAGGAGUUCUUGGUUGGCUGACUGCGAGUAAGCGAAUCAUCCGGCAAUCAUGGCGUCCCGCGUCAGGUUUGAGAAUUCCAGCGAGAUUGGAGUGUUCGCGAGGCUCACCAACGCCUACUGCGUGCUCCCCGACGGCGGAGCAGAGAACUUCUUCAGCGUGUUCGAAUCCGAGCUCGCCGACGUCGUGCCGGUGGUCAGGACGUCCAUCGGCGGCACGAGGAUCAUCGGGAGGAUGUGCGUCGGCAACAAGAACGGCCUCCUCCUGCCGCAUACCACCACAGACCAAGGUAAGCUCCAGCAUCUGAAGAACAGCCUGCCUGAUCAGGUGGUCGUCCAGCGCAUCGAGGAGCGCCUCUCCGCCCUGGGCAAUUGCGUUGCCUGCAACGACCAUGUCGCCCUCACACACCCAGACCUGGACCAGGGAACCGAGGAGAUCAUCUCAGAUGUUCUUGGUGUGGAGGUGUUCAGGCAAACCAUUGCAGGAAACAUCCUGGUGGGGAGUUUCUGCGCCUUUUCCAAUAAAGGGGGCCUUGUUCACCCGCAGACGUCGGUGGAGGACCAGGCGGAGCUGUCGACGCUGCUGGAGGUGCCACUGGCCGCCGGGUCCAUCAACCGGGGCAGCGAGGUGGUGGCCGCCGGCAUGGCGGUGAACGACUGGGCGGCGUUCUGCGGCGCCGACACGACGGCGACGGAGCUGUCCGUGGUGGAGAGCGUGUUCCGGCUGAGGGACGGACGGCCGGGGGCGCUCGGCGCCGACAUGAGCAGGUCGCUCGUCGUCAGCAGCUACCUAUAGAGAGAGGAGGAGGGACCGGUUUUUGCUUUGGGGGAUUUUCGGUCAGAAUUCAAGAAUGCUUAAAGCCAAAAAUAUCCCUUGCUGUAUCUUGAGUAGUGACAGUAAAUGUUCGCGUGGAUCGAUGCAGUUUUGAUCCUGUGUCAAAGAUGAAUUUUGUAUCUUUGCAAAUCUGGAACGAUGGAAGUGCUUUUUUGAAGUCAAAAUAUAAUUUAGUAUUAUGCUCAGCUCAGGAAA